UAUUUCAGGGCGUAGCAGGCGGAAGUAAGGGUGAGAAGCGGCUGCAAAGCCGAGCGGAGGAGGUAAGGACCUGAGUGCGAGCGAUUGUUGGGUGGGCACCAUGGCCGGGAUCACCACCAUCGAGGCGGUGAAGCGCAAGAUCCAGGUUCUACAGCAGCAGGCAGAUGAUGCUGAGGAGAGAGCCGAGCGCCUCCAGCGGGAAGUGGAAGGAGAAAGGCGGGCCCGGGAACAGGCUGAGGCUGAGGUGGCCUCCUUGAACCGUCGGAUCCAACUGGUUGAAGAGGAGCUGGACCGUGCUCAGGAGCGCCUGGCCACUGCCCUGCAAAAAUUGGAGGAAGCGGAGAAAGCUGCUGAUGAGAGUGAGAGAGGUAUGAAGGUUAUUGAAAACCGGGCUUUAAAAGAUGAAGAAAAGAUGGAACUCCAGGAAAUCCAACUCAAAGAAGCUAAACACAUUGCAGAAGAGGCAGAUCGGAAGUACGAGGAGGUGGCUCGUAAGUUGGUGAUUAUUGAAGGGGACUUGGAACGCACUGAGGAACGAGCUGAGCUGGCAGAGUCCCGUUGCCGAGAGAUGGAUGAGCAGAUCAGACUGAUGGACCAGAACCUGAAGUGUCUGAGUGCUGCUGAAGAAAAGUACUCUCAAAAAGAAGACAAAUAUGAAGAAGAGAUAAAGAUUCUUACUGAUAAACUUAAGGAGGCAGAGACCCGUGCUGAGUUUGCUGAGAGAUCAGUAGCCAAGCUGGAAAAGACAAUUGAUGAUUUGGAAGAUGAGCUCUAUGCCCAGAAACUGAAGUACAAGGCCAUUAGCGAGGAGCUGGACCACGCCCUCAAUGACAUGACCUCUAUAUAAACUGAAAUGCACCAAAGAGGAGCACCUCUGUACACAAAGAAUGCUGGACCAGACUCUGCUUGACCUGAAUGAGAUGUAGAGCACCCCAGUCCCGCCCUGCCGCUGCUCCUCCCUUCACCCCGACUCCGCCUGAGGCCAGCCUGCCCGAAGCUGACCUUUAAACUGAGGGCUGAUCUUUAACUGGAAGGCUGCUUUCUCCUCUCGCCGUAAACCCAUACACCCACCCACCCAUCCCUGGCCCUGUGUCUUUUUCACCAAACUGCCUCUGCCUCUCCCAGAGAUUGCUGCUGGGCUAGGGGCUGAGCGCCUUUGGGAACAACAUUUAAGGGAAUGUGAGCACAAUGCAAGUGUCUUUAAAAGCAUGUUGUGAUGUAUACAUUUUGUAAUUACCCCCUUUUUGUUGUGGUAGCAAUCAUUUGUAAAAUGUUCCAGAUAAUUCCACAGCUCUGAAGCAGCAAUCUAAUCCCUCUCCUUUUUGGAAGGUAACUUUUCAGCUUAAUACAUAUUGCUCUCUCCAUAGAGGAGAGAAAGAGGUAUGGGCCUGCCUCACUGAGAACCGAACAUAGUCCAGGAAAAGACUCCAUUGUCAGAAACCUCAUUGCUCUAUACAAAGCACCAGCCAAACCAGAAAGGUGAUUCCAGGAGUUAGCUUAAAAAAAAAAAAAAAAAAAGUACUGUUCAGGUUUUCAGCUUUAAUGUAUCUUGGGCAAGUUUGUUUUUUUUUUUUUUUCCCCUCAUCAAAAGUGACCAAAUUAAUAUGGUGAGACCUCUGUCUGGGACCAAUCUUUGUCCCCUCCUUUCUCUACCCCCUCCCCAACAGCUACAGAAUGGAUCAUGUGCCCCUUAUGUUGGGGUGACCACUGAUGUACUCUCCUGCCUCCCUUUAAAAAAGGAAAGUAAAGAAAAUUACAUUUUUGCCACUGAUUUAGCCAUAUGAAAUAUCACCCUUUUCUGGGUCUGAAGCUGCUGUCUCUUAAAAGUGCCAUCUCAUGCUUUGUAUCAGCCAGUGCUGGAGAAAUCUUGAAUAGCUUAUGUACAAAACUUUUUUUAAAUUUUGUAUUAUUUUGAAACUUUGCUUCUUUGGGGUUGCAGAGCACUGGCCACCCCAUCUGGCUGUGAGUGCUCUCUACUGUCUGGGCUGGCAGUAUGCUGAUCUUUUACAAUUCCUUUCCCCACCCAGGUUCCCCCUUUUUGGUGAGGUUUCUGUGAGGUCUGUUAGGUGUGCAUCCUGCAGCUUAUUGGCUUAAAAUGUACCCUCCUUGGUGUGGUCUCUUUUGGGGGCAGAUUGGGAGAAAGAGAAACCAAUAAUGCAACUGUUUUGAUACUGAAAAUUGACAAAUUUCUUUUUGAAAUAAAGAACCAGUCCCUCCAAUCCUCA